AUGAGUAAUGUUGUCCAGAAGGAAGCGUUUGAAGUUGUAUCCAAACAUGGUGCAUUUUAUACAGGAGGAAAUGUUCAAUGGAGUACAGAUGGACAGUAUUUAUUCUGUCAGAAAUAUGGUACAGUUUCUAUAUUGUCAGUAAACAAAGGUACAGUAAUAUGUCAUUUAGGAGAGAGUAAUAACAAUGAAGAAGUGGAUGCAAUUAACACAUUUACUGCAAGUGAUAAUGACUUAAAUAUUAUCACACAUCACAAAAGUGGUCUUUUCAAACUGUGGAACUGGAAAGAUAAUAAAUUAAUUAAGUUAUGGAAAUCUAUUCACAAGGGUCCUGUAGUUCAUAUUGCUUAUUCCACUGAAAAAAAUUUAAUGGCUUCUGGAGGUAGUGAUGGUACUGUCAGAUUAUGGAAUUUGCAACAUCAUACUUGUACUCAUAAUCUGAAAGGAAUUCAAGGAGUUAUAAGUGUUUUAGUUUUCUAUUCUAAUACAGAAAAAGAUUUUAUCUUUGCUGCUGGCGAUGAUAUUAAAAUCCAUGGAUGGAAUAUUAAAACUGGUAAAGAAGAAAUUGUUCUUCCUGGACAUUUCAGUAAAGUUACAUCUUUAUCUUUCCUCAAAGAUGAAAAUUAUUUAGUUAGCUCAGGAAGAGAUAGAGUACUCAUUUUAUGGAAUAUUUCUUCUGGGUCAUCAAUACGAGUUUUACCAGUUUAUGAGGAAAUAGAAGGUAUAUUUAUCAUACCUAAAAAUGUUCCAGUACCUGUACCUUUUUACAAAGGAGAUGCGAAUGCUGUUUAUGUUGCUGCUGCAGGAGAAAAAGGAAUUGUAAAAAUUUGGGAGAUGAAAACUGGUAAAGAAGUAUAUGUACAAAAAAAUUCCAUUGUAUCAGCUGCAAAAGAAGCAGGAACUCUAUCAAUUACACAUUUACUUUAUAAUAAUAACAGUAACAAUUUUGCAGUAGUUACAGUUGAUCACAAUAUAAUUAUUCAUUCAUUAGAAACGUUUGAAUAUGUGACACAGUUGGUGGGUUAUACUGAUGAAAUUUUAGAUAUUGUAUAUCUUGGACAUAAUGGGAGUCAUAUAGCAAUUGCUACUAAUAGUUGUGAUAUAAAAUUAUACAAUAUUUUAACUAUGAAUUGUGAAUUAUUAUGUGGUCAUACAGAUAUUGUGUUAUCUCUUGCCACAACUCUUGCUAAUGCCUACUUACUGAUAUCUUCAGCAAAGGAUAAUAGUAUUCGUUUAUGGCUUAUGGAUAAACAAACAGCUAAAGUAUCUUGUAUUGCUUCUGCUAUUAGACAUACUGCUCCAGUUGGUUCUGUUGCAAUUUCUCAGUCUUUCAAAUUUUUUGUUUCUGUCAGUCAAGAUUCGUGUCUUAAAUUAUGGAAUUUGCCAAAUAAUAUUGAAUUGAAAGAUAUAGACUCUUUAAAUGCUAUUCAUACAACAUUAGCUCAUCGAAAAGAUAUUAAUAAUGUAGCUAUUUCACCAAAUGAUAAGUUAAUUGCUACUGGAUCACAAGAUAAAACAGCUAAGUUAUGGUCUGCUAACAAUUUACAAUUACUUGGCGUAUUCCGUGGUCACCGUAGAGGAAUUUGGUGUGUUCGAUUUUCACCUAUAGAUCAAGUACUUCUAACAACAUCAGCAGAUUGUACAAUAAAACUUUGGUCAUUGACAGAACUUCACUGUUUGAAAACUCUUGAAGGUCAUAAAUCAUCAGUAUUAAGAGCCGAAUUUUUGUCACGUGGAAUGCAAAUAAUUACAGCAAGUGCGGAUGGCCUUCUAAAACUUUGGAGUAUUAAAACAUCAGAAUGUAUAUGUACUUUAGAACAGCAUGAAAGUCGCAUAUGGACACUUGCAGUCAGUAAAGAUGAAAAAACUAUCAUCAGUGGUGGAAGUGAUUCAUUACUAGUUAUUUGGAAAGAUGUAACAGAGGAAAAAAAACUAAAAGCUGCAAUGGAAUUAGAACAGCUUGCAUUAGGAGAGCAACGAUUAGCAAAUUUACUUAAAGCAAAUAAAUUAACUUCCGCAUUAAACUUAGCUUUAAAAUUAGAACGUCCUUUUAAAGUUCUUAAAAUUGUAGAAGCCAUUUUAAAAAAAAAUAAUUUACAUCUGGAACGAACAAUCCAUAAAUUAAAACCUGCAUAUAAAGAAGAACUACUCAAAUGUGCUACUACAUGGAAUGUUAAUAGUAAAAAUUGUCAAGUUGCUCAGGUAGUCAUAAAUGCUUUAAUGAUGGGAAUGGAAAAUUUAGAAUUUCAAACACAAUUAAGUUCUACAUUGGAAUCUGUAAUACCAUAUACUGAACGUCAUUACAUAAGAAUGACAAAAUUGUUACAAAAUCUGCAUUUAUUUACUUUUACUCUCAAAUGUAUGAAACCACAUAUUAUGUCUAUAGAAAUGAAUUAA